CCUGGUGACGUCAUUCCAACGCGACGCAUAAUUACCAUUCCUAUGGCUGUACAGUACUGACAUUGACUUUCUCAUGAGGAUCAUGUGGGCGGCCGGGCACCUGGUUUCCAGGACGAGGAAUUGUGUCCUCUGCAACCUCAGAAGAUCAUUUGCCUCAAAGUCUGAAGGAGAAGACCGGAUCAGGCAAGUGCUGAAGACAAGGUUUCCUCUCGCCACCAAUGUGAAAGUUGUUGACAUUUCAGGAGGAUGCGGGGCGAUGUAUGAGAUCCAUGUUGAGUCUGAAGAAUUCAAAGAGAAGCGUACAGUUCAGCAGCAUCAGAUGGUUAAUCAGGCUCUUCAAGAGGAGAUUAAAUCCAUGCACGGGCUCAGGAUAUUCACGUCUGUCCCAAAACACUGAAGACGUCACCCACCGUGGAGACACCCUGCUGUACCUACCUGAGAUGUGACGAGGGCAUUCCUGCAAUAUUUCAUGCGGCUGCAGAAAACCGAUCUAUUUAUAUGAAGCUACAGACAUUGCACAUUAUAGUUUUGCUACCUAGAAUACAAGAUGCAUAUUCUAAUAAAGUGGAAUAACCAUG